AUGGCGUGCAGCACAGGGAUCGCAGCGGCGCAGCUAGUGCUGCUGCUGCUGUUGCUGCUAGGAGCCUCCACGGCACAGGAGCAGCCGGUACCCCAGAUGUUGACUGACCAGCCCAACUGCAAGCUGCCGCCGAAGCCCGUGCCGGGCGUGCUUCCUGCAGGCGUUGUGCCGGUGGCGGAGGCGCAGGACGGCACGAUUGCCAAGGGCGGCGACGCAGGCUGCACCAUUGCGCUGCCGCAGCUGGCUGUCGGGGAGACGCACCUGUACCAGUUUGGGGUGCUUCCCGCCAGCGAGAUGAGCCUCAUCGUGGUGCUGCGCGCCCGCGGCGGCACCGCGCUGAUGGACCUGUUCCUGCCGUCUUCUUCAGGCGGCCCAGGUGACGUGGGCGGCGGUGCCGGCAUUGUGGCGACCGCCUCGCGCGACAGCGCCGCAUCCUCUGAGUCGUGGCUGGCAGUGUCCCCCCAGCAGCUGGCGGACAACCCAGGGCUCUACACGCUGCGGCUGCGGGGCGAGUCGGGCUCCCCCACGGUCGAGGUGACCGUGGCCACGCCGGGCAGCGGUUUGCAGCUCGAUGCCAGGGAGCUCGCUGCCAUGGCUGCCGUGGCCAAGAGGUGCUGCGGCUCCGCCAACGCAAAGGCGCCCUUCUGCACCACCAUUGCGCCAGCCGCGCUGGCCCCUAAGCACGCCUGGCCCAGCGACCUGUGCCACACACCGCCCAACCUGUGUGAUGCGGAGGGGCACCUGCUCAGCUUGUCACUGCGCGACGCCGGUCUCAAGUGCUCCACCUUCCCCAAGGAGCUGUCGCAGCUAGGCUCACUCGCGCGGCUGGACCUUAGCGGCAACGAGUUACAGGCCGAUGUCAAGGACGUGGCCGCGGUGCGCGGCGCCACGCGGCCGACCGCGGUGUUUUGGAGGUUGCUGGUACUGUCCCAGCUUCCUGUGCGCGAGCUGUACCUCUCCAACACCAGGCUGGGGGGCCCCCUGGACUGCAGCAUCAUCACACCCCUGCGCAAGGUGUACGAGCUGUCAUCAAACUUCAUCAGUGGCACAGUCCCGGCCUGCAUGCUGUCUUCGCCAGUAGAGGAGCUCUACCUCGGCAGGAACGAGCUGUCGGGCACGCUGCCCCUGGACAGCUACCAGAAGAGCACCCUUAUUGCUCUGGCACUCGGCAACCAGCGAAGGCCAAAGGGCGGGCUCUCAGGCCCUGUGCCGCCCGGCCUGCUGGCCCUGGACUCCCUCCUCUUCGUCAACCUCGCCGGCAACAACUUCAGCGGCCGCCUGGCCGCGGUGCCCCCCAACGCCAUUGUCUUCAAUGUGUCCGCCUGCAAUCUGGAGGGCACGCUGCCCCCCCUGCCAGAAAACCUGUGGGUGACAGACCUCAGUGCCAACAGCUUCAGCGGGGCCGUGCCCCCCCUGGCCCGCCUGCCGCGUCUCGAGGCAUUCUUGGCGGGCGGUAACGCUUUUGAGGGGCCGCUGCCUGAGCUACCGCCUGCGCUGGCUGUGCUGGACGCCAGCUACAACCGGUUGGCAGGCUCCCUGCCCGCACUGCCACCUGCCCUGGUGGUGAUGGAUGUGAGCAGCAAUUUGGGGCUUUCUGGUGACAUCAGCGGGCUGCAGGUCGGGCAGCUGGCGGAGCUCAGGCUGGGCAACAACUCCUUCACUGGGGGAGUGCCUGCCAGCGCCACCAAGUCUCG